CUUUUUUUGUCCCAGCAAGCACCUAUGCAAUAUUCUCUUCUGUUUCAUAUCUCCUAGUCAACCCUCCCCCAGAUCCAAGCAUGUCCAGUAUCUUCCGCCGUCCGCAGGCUCCCUCCCGACAGCUUCUGACCUGGGAGGAGCGUGCACACGCGGCAUUGGCAGCCGCACGCGAAGUGGAGGAGCUCUCGGGCGAGUCCGCACACCAGGCGGCCAAACUCCAGACGCGCGAGGAACCCUGCACAGUGACCCAGGCGAAUAUGAACCUGCGCACGGCAUCCCUGCACCUCUCGUCGGUGGUUCUGGAGACGCCCGAAAAGGUGGAUUCGGUGACGAGCUCGCCAUACUUUUCUCUAUCGUUUGUUGUGGACGCGCUGGUGCCGCUGACGAUAAACUGCUACUGGCUUGCGACCGAGGAGUGGGGGAAUGGGCCGUGCCCGAGGUUUGUAUCGCGCACUGACCACCACAGGAGCUACCAGAUGGAGGCGGGGCUCGACCAGAUGUUCUCCCUGCCGCGUGCCGACUGGCUGCACCCGAGUGAGGACCCGUACAAGACACUGGCGUCGUCCGACUGGCAGGCCCGCAACGCCGCCCUUCAAGGCAACCAACGGGUCGUGCGAUCGAAACUGCAAGCGAUGGGCGGCAGCGAGAUCCAGGAGAUUGCUGAUGGCGACGCACAAAAGGCGCCUGCAUAUGGCCUGGUGGUCGAGCUU